GGGCCUAUCGAUAGGCUGUUGACACGUCCAGUUUAUUUAUUUACAAUUUGUCCAAAACCAAAAUUAGUUGCGAUUUAUGGCUGAUUUUCAAGAACAGCUGCGUCAAUAUCGCCUUCAAAAAAGAAGGAAGGAAACGGUGGACAACUUCAAGGACAAAUUGCGCAGGUUCUGGAUGUUGGGGACCGGAGCUAACAAAGAUACAACGAUAGAGGUACAACAGGUACCAACUAAACCUGAUGUUACAUCGGAAAACUCACAGGAUGAGGCUGGAACCUCCAGUGAAAAUGAACUGUUGCCAGAGGAGAGCCCCUCCAGGGCCACAUAUCAUCACCACAGGGAAAACAACGUCCUGAAGUACACCCUCUGGGCUGUCUAUCUUCUGUUCUGGAUCACUCUCUAUGUGAUUGCCAUAAAGCUGAGCUUUGGCUUAGUUUUUCUUAUGUUUUCCGCACUUUUUGGCAUCUACUUUAAUACCCGAACGGAGCCAAAGAAACGGAACGAGAUGAGCGCCUAUAGUGUCUUUAACAAAAAUUGUGAGAGUAUAGAUGGCACAUUGAAAGCCGAGCAGUUCGAACGGGAAAUCCGCUAUGGAUCGGGAAGUGUACGAUAGCACUAUUUAAAGGGCUCUAUUUUUUACUGUAAUAUAGGCAAUAUAACAAAAUAUUACCUACCCAGCCACUUAUUGUAAUUGUUUGGCUGUCUAGGAACCAACAUAUAAAGUUUCUCAUUUUAGUUACUAUUAACUAUUUUAACUCGGUGUAUAUGCCUUAAACGUUUUCAAUAAUAACUUGAAAAUCCCUA